GUCGUGAUAGCUUGACGCCGCUACCAGUGUUUGGAUGCACAUCUGCGCAAUCGCGCAUGCGCAUGUGUGAUAGGUGGAGUUAACGAAAACGGCCCGGAAGAGGAGAAAGGCGGAUACAGAAACAUCAAGCGAUGGCUUCUAUUAGGAAAAAGUUGGUCAUCGUUGGAGAUGGCGCAUGUGGGAAGACCUGUCUGCUCAUUGUCUUCAGUAAAGACCAGUUCCCAGAGGUGUAUGUCCCCACUGUAUUUGAAAACUAUGUGGCAGACAUUGAAGUGGAUAGCAAACAGGUCGAACUAGCACUUUGGGAUACAGCGGGUCAGGAAGACUACGACAGACUGAGGCCCCUCUCCUACCCUGACACGGAUGUUAUUCUCAUGUGUUUCUCUGUAGACAGCCCAGACAGUUUAGAGAACAUUCCAGAAAAGUGGACACCAGAAGUUAAACAUUUUUGCCCAAAUGUUCCCAUUAUCCUUGUGGGUAAUAAAAAAGAUCUGCGCAAUGAUGACCACACCAGACGGGAACUUGCAAAAAUGAAACAGGAACCGGUCAGAUAUGAAGCUGGCAAAGACAUGGCAAACCACAUCAGUGCCUAUGGCUACCAGGAGUGCUCUGCCAAAACCAAAGAUGGUGUGAGGGAAGUCUUUGAGAUGGCAACUCGAGCAGCUUUGCAGGCUAAGAAACGUGGCAAGAAAUCCACCUGCCUUUUGCUAUAAGCAGCGGAAGAAUGGGAAGUAACCCAGAUGCAGAGCUCGCAUUAAGAAUUGAUUGUUGGGGAGGGCCCAAAAAUUUCUGAUCACACACUCUGAAAGCUCAGGCAGAUUUGACACAAUUUGACUGUCAUAGAAACAUCGGUCCCUGGCCUGUAUAUAACAUUUAACUUGGGUCUAAUAAGGACUUUUUAAAAGUCAGAUGGACUGAUGGGGAGGGAGGGGUACAGUACAAUAAUUGUGGGGUUCUAAUGUGCCAUGAUAGGAAGAAAGACAAAAAAAGGUCUAGCAGGCCAAAGACUAAGGAGAUAUCUGACAGGUCAAAAAUUGAUAUAGAAAGGGUUUUCAAUUAGGACAACGUCCAAGGGUUUUUAAUUCUACAGUGUCACCUACACAUAGUGCCUUGAGAGCACAAAUGGGCUGAGUAAGAGAGGAAAGCAUUCAGAACUUCGGUGAGGUAGUAGUCCUCAUUUGUAGUGUGGUGUUUUUUACUCUGUUGUUGACCUAUGUCCUGACUCAGGCGCUAUGCAGGGGGAUGCCUAAACCAGAUUGUAUGAGUUUUUCCCCACACAAAUAACUAUACAGUAGUGUAUGAGUGUGCGACCAUUGGGUGCUUUGAUUUCUCCAGUGCGGGUCUGCAUGCAGUGAAUGUGUGUACGUUGGUAUAUUGUCUAUGUACUAUGUGCAUUGAAAGGCAUUCUGUGACACAGACCUAAACCCCUUAUUUCCAUGCCAAAAUUAAUCCUGAAAGCUGGUGAAAGGAAUUUACAGCCUCUGAAGAUAGAUAUUGAAACCUCGACUUUAUGAAAGACCAUAUAAAUAGAUCGAGGUACUUAUUGUCAGGUUAAUCGUCUUCUGACUUUUAGGACCUUUGGUGUGGGUGCACAUAUAAGAUUUGACUUAAUUGGUAAAAAAAAAUCAUGACGUUGUUAAUAAAUUGACACAAUCAAUUUCAAGGACUUAUGUCUCACAAGGCCAUUAACGGACAUUACGGUGUUUACUUUUGACUUGAUCAGAAUCCUUUGAUGAUUGUCGCUAUUUUAUUUUGACUUUCUAAUGUUAAGUAUAAUUUUCUAUGUUUUAACUCUUAAUUAAUCCUGCUAUUAUGUUUAGUUCACCCUCAAUUGUAACCAUAGUGUCAUUUUAUUCAUUGAAGGGUUCAAGCUUGGGGUGCAAAGUUUGAAGGGCACUAUUAUAUACCAGAGGUUUUGUUUCUUUGUCACCGCUCGGAUUUUUUGUUUGUUUCCUCAAAUAAAGCUGGUAUUUGGGUUUUCUGUUUAAA